AUGCAAAAUGAACGUAAAUUUGAGAAAAUGCGAAAUGAAGCUGAAAUUUACAGAAAAAGGACGGCAAAUAUAAAUAAUUCUGGAGCUUCAACAAGUUUUAUUAAAAGAGAAGAGUCUACGGACGCUACGGAAGAAGAGGAGCCAAAAACAUUUAAAAACAACAUUGGGGAAAUUAAAAAUAAAAAAUGUUUUACAAACCAAGUUGAUGAACAGCAUGAAUUAAUUAAUAAAGUUUUGAAGGAAACAACAAGUUUACAAAGCCAAACAAACACUCAAACAAACAAACAUGUUUAUCAAACAAAACAAAUAAAACAACAACCAACAACAACAACUACCCCAACAUAUCAACAAAACAAUCUCUUACCAAAAUUUGAAAACAAUACAAAUUUUUAUUUAAAUCAACAAUGGAAUAAUAAUUAUUUAAUUAAUAAUAAUUAUUUGAACAAUAAUUCCAAUAGUAAUACAAAUUAUUAUGCUCUUAUGCAGAUGGCUGUAAAUUAUAAUUAUUUUCAGCCUCAAACUAGUAAUUUUUGUGCUAGUAAUGGUUAG